CAAGACGAAGGUGUGUUAGCGACAAUGUACGCGACACGGGUUCUCCUUAAGCGCUCUGUGUGGAAGGGCCCACACCUUGUGCCCCUCCCCAUUGUCUGGCCCAAGUCCCCCGGCGACAAGGUCCCUCCCGUACGAACGCAGGCCCGAUCUGCCACGAUUCUGCCCAACUUUGUUGGUCUCAAGUUCGAGGUUCACAACGGCAAGGACUACCAUGAGGUGACCAUUACUGAAGACAUGGUCGGACACAAGCUCGGCGAGUUUUCACCGACGCGGAAGCCCAACAUUUGGGACAAGAGGUAG